GGACUUGUACUUAAUAAAGUUUGUUGUUGGACGAUUUGAUCAAUAUGGCGUCCGCACCAGCUUCGGUCUGUUCUCCGCUGGAUAUCUAUAUUGACGAUAUCGACACGGACAGUGUCUUAGUGGCCAAGACGUCCGCUGAAUUCUUGCCGAAUGACCAUCAACUUAUACCCAUGAUCGAGGACUGCUGUUCUAACGCUGUGAAAUCCACCUAUCGACACACAAAUGUUGACCAAGUUGCGAUCAUCCUGUUCAAUAGUCCAAUUAUUGAUAUCAAAGAAUGCCAAGAGGAAUUAAGGAGGAGAACACAGGACGUAUUCAUAUUCAAGAUUGAAUCCCGGCCUUACGGUCUAGCUGUGAUGAACAGUGAUGAGCUUGACAUUGAACAACUCAACGCCUACGUUUACGACGAGGACUCUGGAAUCGGGCGUAUGUACAGACCGGAAGUGCUGAAGGAGGGCGCACUAUUGAUAGUAAAGUUUCCAAGAAAAACUGACGAAGUAUUACGCCGGGUAUUUUCGCGAACACAUAGGAUAUCCGGCAAAUCUGUGCACUUUCAUCCCUACUUCCCAUGUUUCCAUGAUACGCUUGCAGAGAACCUUAAUUUUGAUGACUCUCAAAAACCAUAUCCGGAGAUGGAAGAUGAAAAUUGGGAACCUCAUCAGGACGAUAUAAGGUCUCACUCCGAAUUCCAACCACCAUUCCUAUAUGAUGACUUUCCAGGUUCUUCAGAACGCAGCCACCGACCAUAUCCCGACAUGCAUUUUGAUCCUCUGCCUUGGGAAGAGGAGCUUGAUGAUCCAUAUUCCCCCGUGAAUGGAAGACGUGACCGCCGGUUUUCAAUCUCUGAUGAUGAAGAGGGAACUGGUUCAUAUUUACCUGAAUGUCCUUCACCGGAAAAUGAACAAAUAGGUCAAAGUCUUAAUUCCUCGAAAUACAGAAGAGAUUACAGCCCAGGAAGCCGAACUUGCUUUCACGGGCCUGACGCAGGAGCUCAAUUAGACGACGGCUAUCCACAAGAUUACCUAAAUGACGGCGAAGAGGAAACAAAGGAAAUCAGUACGUCAACAAUCUGUGACGACGACGAAGAAGAAAAGAUAGUAUCUGUGUGUCUGGAAUCUUCGCAUGGCAAAACAUUUUUGGACAAGUUUCAAAGAGAUAAGGGCUGCAAAAUCAACAUCAAAUUUAAGAAGAAGGCUAGUAAGCAGACACGAACUGGUAGUGCGUCAGAUAAGAAGUAUUGUGGUGCUGCGGACAGAAAAUCUAGACGUGACGGUAAGGUCAAACUGUCACCAGGAGGGGCCCACAAUGCGAUACUUUCCAGGAAUGACCCAUCCCUCCUAAUGCUCGGAUUACUGGAUCCAACCAUGUCCCUAGCAAUUUUUGACAAUGACACUGUCACAAUUCCUCAUUGCACGUCUGGUAAACGUCUGGGAUCAAGCCCAGGUAGGACAGACAGAUCAGAUUCCACCAACAUCAAUGGUACCAAACUGUCGUUCAAGAAAGGGGACGUUACUCGAGAAAAGGCGGACGUUCUGGUGAAUGUGGUGGGAGAGAAUCUCUUGCUACAGGAAGGAAUGAUAUCUCGAGCAUACGCCAAGAGAGGAGGGAAUGAACUCGUACAGUCGUAUCAUCCCGCAAUGCAAGCGUACAACGGUAAAGGAACCAUUGUUUGUGGUGGCGGGAAACUGUCCUGUAAAAACCUCAUUACUGUCGUUCUGAAACAGCGACAGGAUUCGUCGUCGGACCAGAACUUUUCGUGUGUCUUGGAAUCGGUCUUUCAAAAGGCAGCAAAGCUAGGAUUUGAGUCUAUCGUCCUGCCCGUAAUGGGCAGUGGGCAAAUGCUUCAGUACCCUCUCCAUGUGGCUGUCGCGGUAACUGUGGAUACCACGGCAAAAGUCUUAAAUGACCCCAGAAAUAAUUUCAAGGAAGUGACGAUCGUAGCGUUCGACGACAAAACCUAUGGCAAAUUGGCAGAGGAAAUAAAUUGCAAAUGUACGCCAUCACAGAAGAUACAGAAGACGAAAGCAACAACUAGUCCAAUGCAAAGCUCAAAAGAAACUGUUGGAUGUUCGAUAGAAUUAUCAUGCGGCAGUCGAAAGGUCAAACGGCUAUCUAAGGAACUGACCAGCGCAAUAAAACAUGAAUUUCUUUUCGCCGAUAAUGUUACUAUUCAUUCCAACAUCUCCAUACGGACGAAGACAAAGCUGUAUGAGAUUGCAGAUGAACACACGAAGAUGCCUAUGAAGAUGGAGUUCGAUCAAUCUGGAUCCAAGGUUCUACUGAAGGGUGAGGUGUCACAAGUGUCAAAAGUCGUCAAACACCUGAGGGAUGCGUUGUCAAAUGGAAUUUCAGCUAAAAUCGGAAAGUCUUUAAAGUGUUCUCCGUCGACCUGGUACACCCUGGCACACGACAGCCCAAUCAGUCCUCCGUACUGGUCCCAUUUUAAGGCCAAUACUCCUCUCACAGUUCUCUCCAAAACCAACAGGGCAGCAAAGCGAGUGGCUUUGGUCCCGGUGGAUGCUCCCGCUUUCAAAAAAGCAAUCAGCGGUCUGAUCAGGAGCACCUGGAAUGAAAAGCUUGUAGGGCAAGGACGUGACGCCAUUAAUCUCAGUCACAGACGGAUAAAAGUUGACAAGAUAGAGCGAAUCGAAAACAUCGACAUGUAUAGUAGAUAUGCUACUAAGCGUCACGAACAUUUCCGAAUGUUGGCAGAAGAAGGGUCAAAGGUCCUGAAAUCACUAGAAGACAUCAAUAUUCAAACCAAAGGACCUAUAGCUACGUCACCCAAAGAUGUGUCUGUACUUCAUGAGGAUGUAUUUCCGGAGAUCAAUGAGCACUAUAUGUUCCACGGCACCAAGCCCGAUGUCUUGCAGACUGUGCUUCAGCAGGGGUUAGACUGCAGGAUGAGUAAUGAGAAAGCGAUGUUUGGUAUGGGUAUAUAUGGUGCUGAAUCCUCUACGAAAGCGGACCAAUACACAGAUAAUAAGCAACAGAGGUCUCCAGGCUCCAAGAAAAUGCUGCUUGUGCGUAUGUUGCUGGGAAAUAUGUUCGUGUGUAAGGACCACAACCCAACGAAGUACCGUCGGCCUCCGUGCCGGAAUACCGGCUGUCUUCGGGACAACUGCACAAGCGGUCAUGGCCAUUUUGAUUCCGUCGUUGGAGAUGGGCAUUGGCUCUUUCGGGAGUUCGUCGUAUAUACAGCUGAACAAUGCUACCCGGAAUACGUCAUCACGUAUCACAGGGAAUAAGAGACAUUUAAGAUGAAUACAACAACCAUUUGUGACUGAAGUGUCCCGGUGCAUUAAUAUAGAGUUUGAACUAUGAGAAAAAAAUUGUCUAAAUGGCAAGAACACAAAUAAUGAUUUAUUCACGUAAGCUAGAAUUUCUGUUGUACAUAAGAUGAACAUUUCAUUUUUACUCUUACGAAAUGAUGACAAAUAUUUCGUUUAUGCAUAGUCAGACAUAGUAGCGAAGCUGUGUUUAUUUCGUAGUAUCACAAAAAACCUUCCGAAACCUAGGGGUGCAUUAUUUAGUAAAAUAGCAUUUGGUGACUUGUCCAGUGUAACGGUUAUCGCCCUUUGAGUAAUUCGUUUGUAUGUUUAGAAAGAAACGAUCAAGAUAUAUUGUAACCAUUAUCAUUGAAACGAAAAAGAUUUUCCCAGAGAUAUUUCAUCGAAGGUUUUUUUUUUUUCUUCUUUUUUCACAUAUAUAUCUUGUUCAUUUCUUUAUUAUUACAUGUAAUUGUCGUUGACUUAAUCAUGCACAUAAAUUGAUAAUUGAAAUUCUAAGACCAACUAAAGUAUGUUUUAUUGAUUAGAAUUAAACUUAGUUCGAACACCGGAACUUCUCACUGACAAUAUAAUACAAUAGAGGUCCCCUUUCGGUUAAAA